AUGGAGGCUUUCCGCUAUCACUACACCCAGAACAGAGAGGUCUUCAACGUGGUCGCACAGGGCCUGCAAGAGGAUCAACAGGCCAAUGACCGGUUCAAAGACAUAUGCGUUGAGAUGAAGGACAAGGCCCAAGCGAACAAGGAUGACAUCAAUACAAAACUGAAGAAGACUCUCAAAGAAGCAAGAAAGCAGAAGGGACGCACGACGUUCUUUGACAGAGUCGAGACCACGAUGACUAUGGGAGGGAGUAUUACUACGGGCGCGACCGGCGCUUUUGCCGCGCUGGCCGGCAUUGGCAUCGGCGUCGCGGGCGUCAGCGCGGUCAUCCUCGCGGACGCCGCGGGCGGCUGCGGCGCGUUCUCGCUCAUCUUCGCAGUGCUCGCAAUCGUCAUGCUCUCGAAAAAGCGCGCGGCCAGAAAGCUGAACGAGGCAAAGCUCAAGGAGGCGGACGAGUUCCGUGAGGUGUUGGAACAGAUGGAGCCGCUGAUCGAGGCGCUCAUGGCCUUCGAGGGGCUGAUGAGCGACCUGAGGAUGGAGAUACAGAGGCUCAUGAACGAGGUUGGCAAGUUUGAGACCGCACGCGAGCACGAGAUUGACGUGUCUACGCUACGGCUGAUGAUGGAUCGCUCCGACCUUAUUUAUCGGGACUUCUCCGAUUUCCAUGCGGCUGCGACGCUUGCUAAGCGGUCCAUUGAGGAGGCCCUUGACGAGUGCCAACGCUUUGGCUCGUAA